CCGCUUCCGAAAGUCUAGGCAGCUGCGGGAACAGAUGUGAGCGCCCUGAGGCCCUGGAGGAUACGCCAGGAGGAGGGGGCGGGACCUGCACCUCAGGAAAGCAGGAGGAUUGGAGCAGGAAGGGGGGACAGAGUGGGAGGAGCGGGACUUUGGUGAAGCGCAAAGGGAGGAGCCUGCAGGGAGUGGAGGAAUUAAAUGAAAUAUGGCGGGGUCUUAAACAGGGACUAAGAAGCCAGGACCCAGUGGGCGAGGCCCUAAGAGGCGUGGUCUUUGGGCUCGGAGUUAAUCUGCUUCUGAGUGGGCGGGGCCAUUAUGGGGCGAAGCUUCGCGUGGAAGUGUUAGCCCGGUAGCAUGGGGCAUCGUACUCUAGCUUCCACCCCGGCCCUGUGGGCCUCCAUUCCGUGUCCAUUCUCUGAGCUGCGCCUGGACCUGGUUCUGGCUUCUGGACAGUCCUUCCGGUGGAGGGAGCAAAGCCCUGCACACUGGAGUGGUGUACUGGCGGACCAAGUAUGGACACUGACUCAAACUGAAGAGAAGCUCUACUGCACUGUGUACCGGGGGGACAAGGGCUGGGUUGGCAGGCCCACACUAGAGGAGCUGGAGGCCGUGCGCGGUUACUUCCAGCUAGAUGUCAGCCUGGCUCAACUGUAUCGCCAUUGGGGUUCCGUGGACUCCCACUUCCAAGAGGUGGCUCAGAAGUUCCAAGGUGUGCGACUACUGCGACAGGACCCCACCGAAUGCCUUUUCUCUUUCAUCUGCUCCUCCAACAACAACAUCACCCGCAUCACUGGCAUGGUGGAACGGCUGUGCCAGGCCUUUGGACCUCGGCUCAUACAGCUUGAUGAUGUCACCUACCAUGGUUUCCCUAGCCUGCAGGCCCUGGCUGGGCCGGAGGUGGAGGCUCAUCUCAGGAAGCUGGGCCUGGGCUACCGUGCCCGCUACGUGAGUGCCAGUGCCCGAGCCAUCCUCGAAGAACAGGGCGGGCUGACUUGGCUGCAGCAGCUGCGAGAGGCCCCCUACGAGGAGGCCCACAAGGCCCUCUGUGCCCUGCCGGGAGUGGGCACCAAGGUGGCUGACUGCAUCUGCCUGAUGGCCCUAGACAAGCCCCAGGCUGUGCCCGUGGAUGUCCAUGUGUGGCAGAUUGCCCAGCGUGACUACGGCUGGCACCCCACGACGUCCCAGGCGAAGGGCCUGAGCCCCCAGACCAACAAGGAACUGGGAAACUUUUUCCGGAGCCUGUGGGGACCUUAUGCUGGCUGGGCCCAAGCGGUGCUGUUCAGUGCUGACCUACGCCAAUCCCACCGUGCUCAGGAGCCACCAGCAAAGCGCAGAAGGUGGUCCAAAGGGCCUGAAGGCUAGGUGGGAGGGCACUGGGCAAAGGAAUUCCCCAAAGAUCUGUCCCCUCCGUUCCCCACUUCUCUAUCCCCAUCCAGUCUCAUGUCGGGGAGGGGGCUCCCUGCAACUACCUCAGGUGCCAGGCACCCCCAAAUCAAGCAGUUUGCACAACAAGGUAGGGUGGGGGCUAUUUGGAGUGACAGGUAUUUAUGGUUUUAUCUUCUUCCCUUUAUUAUAAGAAGGAACAAUAAAAUAGAAACAUUUGUAUGGAAAA